GUUUGACAGGAGGAUCUUAUUUGACACAAUGUGUAUUUUAUUUUGAAAGAGUGUGUGCUGCUGAAAAGUUGUUUUUUAUUUAAAACAAAUAAUUUUUUAUCAUUUAAUUAUUGUUAAUAUUUAAAAGCUACAUGUUAUAAAGGAAUGGUCACAAAUGCAUACAUAGUAUAUUUUUCUAAAUGUUUUUGUUGCUCUUGCUGGGUUUUGGUCUGUAAGAAACUGGAACACGUGACCUUUUUUUAAUUUAUUUUUUUUAUUUUCUUUCAUUUUUUAUUUUAGCGUUAAAAGUUUUAGACAACUCUAUGUUCCUUUACCAUUUUGCAGCGGAUAAUCUUGUGUCAUUGUCAAUUUUGUCAAUAAAGUUUUUUAUGACAAACUACGUUAAGUAUGGCCGCUAGAUGUCGCUAGUUCAGCGUCACAGCUUUGAAACACACGAAGAAGAAAGGGACAUCAGUGAGUGGAGCGGGGGGAGGAAAAACAAGAGUAAACUUGUUAUUUAUCAUGGCGUUUUAGUUUAGAUAACAGUUAUAUUUAGAUUAUAAACUAUCUACUGUCGUGUUUCGAACGAGCUUUAGUUACGAUUUAGAUGCCUUUUCUUGUCCUUUCUCGGAACAAACAGACAUUUCUUUUCUUUCGGAAUGCUGUCAGCGACCAUGUUGGCCAGAACAGCCCUGAGCAGAGGCGUUACUGCCCAGCACCUGUGUAAAAACGUAACUCUGUAUAUGAAUGAACUGACGGCUACCGGUUCGGAAAGUCCGAGUCAGACCUCCAAACCACUGAUGCUGAUGCUGCCGUGGUUAGGUUCACGUCCACAAGCUGUGGCCAAGUAUUGUGAGAUCUACUUUCGCACCGGCUUUGACGUGCUUGUGGUGGAGAGUGAGGUAAAGGAUUUCCUGUGGCCUCGAUGGGGACUAGACCGCGGGAAAAAAUUGCUGGAUUUACUUCUGACUGAUCAGUUUAUGUCCCGGCCGUUGCUCGUCCAUGCUUUCUCGAUCGGCGGCUACACAUUUGCCCAGCUGCUUGUUCAUGUGUCGCACGACCAACAGAAAUACCAGGAAAUUGUCAAUCGGAUCAAAGGCCAAGUCUAUGACAGCUUGGUGAUUGGCUCGUUGGAGCAAAUGGCCACAGGUCUUGGAAAAACCGUCUUUCCUCGCUUCGAGACUCUGAUUAAACAAAUAAGCCUGCUGUACUUCACCAUCUUUAAAACCCAAACGGUGGACUACUUUAACUCCGGCAUCGACGUUUUCUGGAACACUCCAGUCAAAGCCCCGGCACUGAUGUUCUUUUGUGAGAACGAUGUCAUGAGCCAUUCACAGACGGUGGAGAAAUUAAUCGAUCACUGGAAGACGCGUGGGAUGGACGUCACUUCAAAGAAGUGGGAGGAUUCAACACAUGCAGGUCACUUAAGGCGGUAUCCUCAAGAAUAUCUGACCGCCUUAAAUACGUUCCUCCACUCCCUUCAAAUUUCCCCUCUCAGGGCAAAGAUGUAAGGCGUUUUUAAAUGCAGAUCCAAAGCAGGGUUCAGAUACAACAUUCUCAGAAAAACAGCAGUUUUACUAUUUCAAGUUUACUUUAGCUGCCAGAAAUCAAUUAAAUCAGUCUUUUUAAUACUUUACUGUGAACUGAAAAUGAAAGUUUUACAUAAAUCGACUGAAGUUAUUGUUUUUGAAAACUGUCACUUCCAUUUAUUUCUUGUUUUAUAAUUUGUAUAUCUUGAUGUUUAACAAGUUAAAUGUGGGGAUUUCAUGGGUGCAAGUUGCAAAUGCAGUACAGCUGUGAACACAGUUUACCUAAACCCAAGACAAACUGUUGUGGAGAGGAGAGAUACUUCCGGAAAAGUCUUCCAUUUCAAUAACAGAUUUCCGUUGAGCUCAACAACUCCCUUAUAAUCACUUGAUUGUGAGACUUUAUUCUUACAUUAAUCAAUCAAAAGUUUGAAUCAAGAAACAGAUCAGUCGAGACGGGAUAAACUAUUGGAAGUUGUGGAAAUAUGAAUAUAACCAAAACAUGUAACACUUGAAUUUUAACUGUUAUACCAUAUUUAAAUCACUUGUGUUUAUGUUUAGAGAUUCUCCUUUUAGUUCUCUGACACAAGUGCCAUUUUAUUACCUUUUUUUGUGGUCUCUAACAUUUAGAGGUGAUGUUCUUGACUGCUUUUGCCUCAUGUGAAAAAGUUUUUUUGUCAUGAAACACUGCAGAACAAUGUGGAACCAGAGAGAAAUCACCGUCAUGCAUUAUCAUAUUAAGUAGUGAUAAACGAAGGUCUUUUUUCUGUAGCUGACUUUUCUUUGAGUUGUUUUUAAUUCUGAAGAGUGAUUUGGUUUGUGACCUGAUGGUUCAUUAUGACACUACAUAUCUAUACUUGAACAAUUCUGUUAUGAAUGUGUAACUUUUUGGUAAUGCUUGUAACUUGAAAAUUACCAGAAAAAACUGUAUGAAAUGGA